AUGACUAGAUCAUCGGAAGAACAUGUCCAAAGAACAACGAAAGCAUUUAUUCAAGAAGUUCGCAGUGGGAAGCGAGAUAAGUCGGUGGUUUCCACGAACGCCUUGUCUAUCGGCAACGCCGAUGGAUGGAAACAACUACGCAAGGAGCUGCAAAGCGCCGGAGUCAACGCUGAGAGUUUCGCGCAAAACUUCGAAUUAGUGGUUGCCGCGCUGAAGGAGUCCGAGUUUGGCGACAACAUCCCUGAUUUGGAUCAUAUCAAUCCAUAUUACAUUGAUGCUGCCCAAAGCGGGCUCUCCUACGGCCAGGUCAAGGAUAUGGCCACCAACAUGGCUUCCGCAUGGAUGGGUCAGAUUUCCGAAUAUGCCUCUUCUCCGCGAUGGAACUCCAUCGGCAAUCAGUCUAUGCAGGCCUUUGCUGGAUUAAAAAUACAGCCUACUCAUGUAGGCCACAUGUUUUCAAAGGCCAUGGGGAACCGAAAGGACCUCGUUUCGUGUGCGGAAGACGGUGACUUGACUAUGGUCAUGCAUCAUUUGAAAAGGGGGGCGAAUAUCAACACCAUCACCGAGGGAGAGUCUGCGUUAUCUCGGGCUGCUGCCAACGGUCAUAAAGAGAUUGUGCUACUUCUUUUCGCCAAGGGGGCGGAUCUUGAUGCUGUGAACCCGCAAGGCGAGACGCCUUUCGUCCAGGCAGCGAAGAACGGGCACCGGGAGAUAGUCCAGAUUCUUCUGAGCCACGCUGAAUCGGUGGCAAAGGGUCGACAUGGAGAAGAAGCACUGAAAAAGGCAGCUGAGAGCGGUCAUGAAGAGAUUGUUCAUAUGCUACUGGAGAAAGGGGUCAAUGCUGAUGUCCUCGAUCCCGAUGAUCGCAAUGACAACACAGCUUUGUCCAAGGCUGCGAGCAAAGGUCAUGAGAAGAUUGUGGUCAUGUUGUUAAAUCACGGCGUCCGCAUCAAUGUCACAAAUUACUGGGGCGAGACAGCUCUGUACCAUGCUAUUGCUUAUGGGGAUAGAAAGAUCAUCCAUCAUCUUCUCAAGUUUGACGUCGAUGUCGACCCCCGGGCUGAGCACCGGGCACAGGAAAAUGCCCGGUUGUUUGGCUGGUUGAAGGCGGAGCAACGUGCGAGAGAGAAGGGCCUGCUGGGGAGUGUCCCAAGAUCUCCUGCUCCAGCAGAGUGCCAGACUGCUGAAAACAGCCAGUCCUAA